AUGAUCGAGGAGGACGCUGCUCUGAGGAACGGCGGCAGGGGGCUCUCGGGCCAGUGGGCAGACGCGGCGGCCGCUCGACCCCGCACCACCGAGCGACAUAUAACGGUGCACAAGCGCCUGGUGAUGGGCUUCGCCAUCUCCAUCCUGGCCCUGCUGGUGGUCACCAUGAUCGCUGUGCUGCUCAGCGUGCGCAUCGAGGAGUGCAGCAGCGGCACCGCGUCUGACGGCCCAGGAGGCAGGGCGGGCAACCGGAGUGUCCCGGCGGCACCUGCCGCCGCAGCCCCAGCAGGAAGUGCCCGCUUGAACCAGAACAGCGCCGGGGAAACCCCUGGAAGUGCAGGGGAAGAGACAGUGGCGCUGGAAGCUGUUAGAGGGGAAGGGGAGGAAGAGGAGUGGCCGAGGCGGCGGGAGCAGCAGCCCUGGACCCAGCUGCGCCUUCCCGGACACCUGCGCCCCCUCCACUACAACCUGAUGCUGAGCGUCUUCAUGGAGAACUUCACCUUCAGCGGCGAGGUCAACGUGCAAGUCGAGUGUCUCAACGCCACCCGUUACAUCGUUCUCCACGCCCACCGCAUGCACAUCGAAGCAGUCCGCUUGGCUGAGGACCGGCUGGCCGGUGCCUUGAACGUCUCCGGCUUCUUCCUUUAUCCACAGACCCAGGUCUUCGUGAUAGUCCUCAAUCGGAGCUUAGAGGAACAGAGAAGUUACAACCUCAAGAUCCUCUACAACGCUCCGAUCGAGAACGAGCUAUUGGGAUUUUUCCGCAGCUCUUACGUCCUCUACGGAGAAAGAAGGUUUCUUGCAGUUACGCAGUUUUCACCUACACAUGCCAGAAAAGCCUUUCCUUGCUUUGAUGAGCCUAUCUACAAGGCCACAUUUAAAAUCAGCAUCAAACAUCAAGCAACUUAUUUAUCUUUGUCCAAUAUGCCAGUGGAAACUUCUGUUUCUGAAGAAGAUGGAUGGGUUACGGAUCAUUUUUCACAGACUCCACUCAUGUCCACAUAUUACUUAGCUUGGGCUGUUUGCAAUUUUACAUACCGUGAGACUACCACAAACAAUGGUGUUGUAGUACGAUUGUAUGCAAGACCUGAUGCCAUUAGAAGAGGAUCCGGGGACUAUGCUUUAAACAUUACACGGAGAUUAAUUGAGUUCUAUGAAGAUUACUUCAAAGUACCCUAUUCCUUGCCAAAAUUAGAUUUGUUAGCUGUGCCUAAGCAUCCUUAUGCUGCAAUGGAGAACUGGGGAUUGAAUGUUUUUGUGGAGCAAAGAAUACUCCUGGAUUCAAGCAUUUCUUCCUUAUCAUAUUUACUGGAUGUCACCAUGGUUAUUGUGCAUGAGCUAUGCCAUCAGUGGUUUGGUGAUCUUGUAACUCCAGUAUGGUGGGAAGAUGUGUGGCUAAAAGAAGGCUUUGCUCACUAUUUUGAAUUUGUUGGAACUGACUAUCUCUAUCCAGGCUGGAAUUUGGAGAAGCAGAGGUUUCUGACUGAUGUUUUACAUGAAGUCAUGUUACUUGAUGGUCUGACAAGUUCACAUCCAGUGUCACAAGACGUGCAGCAGGCCACAGAUAUUGAUCGAGUCUUUGACUGGAUUGCCUAUAAAAAGGGUGCAGCUUUAAUUCGAAUGCUGGCUAAUUUUAUGGGUCACUCAGUAUUUCAGAUGGGCCUACAAGAUUAUUUAACAAUUCACAAAUAUGGCAAUGCUGCAAGGAAGGACCUAUGGAAUACACUGUCAGAGGCACUUAAGAAGAUUGGGAAAUUUGUGAAUAUCCAAGAAGUAAUGGAUCAGUGGACACUCCAGAUGGGUUACCCUGUUAUCACUAUCAAGAGAAAUGAAAAUACAGACAGUAUUAUAGGAAUCUCUCAAGAUCAUUUUGUUUAUGACCUUGAUAAAGAUCCCGGUUUGAGAAACAACAGCUACUUGUGGCAGAUACCAUUAACAAUUGCAGUAGGAAAUACAAGCCACAUCUCAUCAGAGGCAAUUAUAUGGGUGUCUAACAAAUCAGAACAUCACAGAAUUGCAUAUCUUAAUGGAGGUACUUGGCUGCUUGGAAACAUCAAUCAAGCUGGCUACUUUAGGGUUAACUAUGACAUUAGAAACUGGAGAUUGAUAAUUGACCAACUAAUGAGAAACCAUAAAAUAAUCUCUGUCAGUAAUCGUGCAGGUUUGAUCGAUGAUGCAUUCAAUUUAGCCAGGGCUGGCUAUUUGCCCCAGAAUAUUCCACUUGAAAUUAUUAGAUACCUGUCAAAGGAAAAGGAAUUUCUACCUUGGCAUGCUGCUAGCCGAGCUCUUUAUCCUCUAGAUAAGUUGCUGGACCGCACAGAAAACUACAACAUGUUCAAUGAGUACAUUUUGAGACAAGUUGUUUCAAUGUAUCUAAAGCUGGGAUGGCCAACGAAUAAUGUGGAGAAAUCUUUGGUUCAAGCUUCCUACCAGCAUGAGGAAUUCCGCCGUGAAGUGAUCAUGCUGGCAUGCAGCUUUGGUAACAAGCAUUGCCACCAGCAGGCUGCAACUCUAAUCUCUGACUGGAUCUCCAGCAAUAGAAACAGAAUACCACCAAAUGUAAGAGAUAUCGUCUACUGCACAGGAGUUUCACUGAUGGAUGAAGAUGUAUGGGAAUUCAUCUGGAUGAAAUUCCACUCAACUACAGCAGUAUCAGAGAAGAAAAUAUUAUUAGAAGCCUUAACCUGUAGUGAUGACAGAAAUUUGUUAAACAGGCUUCUUAACCUGUCUCUUAAUUCAGAAGUUGUCCUGGAUCAGGAUGCAAUUGAUGUCAUAAUCCAUGUAGCUAGAAAUCCACAUGGAAGAGAUCUUGCUUGGAAAUUUUUUAGAGAAAAGUGGAAAAUACUGAAUGCAAGAUACGGAGAAGCAUUAUUUAUGAAUUCAAAACUGAUAAGUGGAGUCACAGAAUUUCUUAAUACAGAGAGUGAACUAAAUGAGCUAAAGAAAUUUGUAAAGAAUUAUGAGGAGAGAUCUGCUGCCUCUUUCUCUCGAGCUGUGGAAACAGUGGAAGCGAAUGUCCGGUGGCAGAUGAUUUACAAAGAAGAAUUAUUUCAGUGGCUGAGAAAAACACUUGCACACUAA